UUAUAUUCUAUUCGGUCACUCUCGCUAAGUAGAAAGUUAAGUUCUUAGUUAUUCAAUUAAAACAAGGGUACUAUGUCUGCAUCAGAAAGUAAUUCGAAAGUGUCAUCUUUAGAGAUUAGAACACUUCCUACCUGCAAUGCUACUCACGAGAAAGAAAAUGAAAAUUUAAAAUUUGUGAUACUAAAUCUUUUGAAAAAGUCUUCGGUUUAUGCCGUAUCGCAGUUAGUCACAUCAAGUGGAAGUGGUCGCAAAUUUCUGUGGUUUCUUGUUCUUAUACUAGGAUUGCUGGGGUGUUCAUAUGAAGUAUAUCGUUUCUUAAAUUUGUACUUUCAGUACCCCGUAGUCAUCACUCUAGAAGUGAAAAACAAUUGGAAACUUGAUUUUCCCGCUGUAACAGUCUGUAACUUGAACAGGGUACCGAAGUUUUACUACCAUUGUCUAAUAAACAACAAGACCAUAGAUGAAUGUGAAGAAAGAAACUGCGGCGGUCGUCAGUUCGAAACCUUUCGCCGCGUAGUUGCAUCCGAACGGAAAAAAUAUGUUUCAUGUUCUAAGAACUUUGAAGGCAUGUUCAGUGACGAAAGAAUAGAAUGGUUGACCUUUCUGAAUCGUUACUUGGAUGAAUCCGAAGAAGCGCGUCGAAAAAUGGGUUAUAAAGGAAGUUCCUUCAUAACAUCAUGCUCUUUCAAUGGUGAAUCUUGUUCCAUCAGAAAUUUCUCUGAAUAUCUGAGCAUCGAAUUUGGGAACUGUUUUACUUUCAAUGGAAGAUACAAUGGUGAAGAAGAAACACCCUUGGAAACACCAUACAUUGGACCAAACAGCGGUUUGGAACUGACUUUAAACUUGGACGUUGCUAGCUACGUUCCGAUUACUACAAGUGCUGGAGCACGAGUGGUACUUCACGAAUCCGAUAUUUUACCGAACCCUGAAGACUAUGGUUUUAACAUCAGCCCGGGAUAUGAAACAUCCGUAGCCAUCCGACAAAUGGGCAUUUACCGUCUACCAUACCCUUACAGAGACAAAUGCAAAAAAUAUGCUGAAGAAAGCGGUGGAAUGCUAAGAAAUCAAGAAGGAUGUAUACGAAACUGCAUACAAAAUCGAAACUUUCUUCAAUGUGGAUGCGUUGACCCAUUUUUGCCUGCUAAUCAGUCCCUUGUCCGCUGUGAUUUGAGAAAUCAAACAUCUGUUUGCUGCCUUGAAGACGUCAUCAAAUCAGUCAGCGAAAGCGAUGUUCCUUGUUUUUGUCCUCUUCCUUGCAAAACUAAAACGUUUGAAAUGACAGUAUCUACUGCCGAAUGGCCAUCGUUUGCUUAUUUCAAUAAGUUUAUGAAGUCUGAAGAUACAGUAAGAAGACCAUGUUUAAUGGCUAGAAAUAAAGUGCCUGAAGAUGAUGUAUAUGAUAUCAGUAGUAUCAACCAAACUAUGUUUCCUUCUCCCAAUGAAACAACUAGAUACGGAUCUUUUUUAAGCAAUGAGGAGAAUUCUGCAUCCGAUUCAUUAUCAUCUGAUAACGAAGAAUGUAGUGGGGAAUUUAUACCAUGGAAAUGCUGCGAUUGUGAAGACAUUGAUCCUUACACAGAGAAAAAGCGUCAGUCAGCAAGAUUAAAGGUUUUCUACAGUUCUCUGGAGAAGACAUAUUACAAGCAGGAACCCAUGUUCCAAGAAUCCGAACUAUUUAGCCAACUUGGAGGUCAGCUUGGACUAUGGUUAGGUGUAUCUUUGGUAGCUCUUUUCGAAUGUCUGGAAAAUAUUUCCCACUUGAUACACUAUUUCAUAAAGAAGUCGGGAUGGAAACCGAAACCGUCACUCUCCAAUAGCUUCCGAGUAAGAGAUACAAAGAUUACUGAGAAAAUAACAAGUGUGUGAUUAAUAAUGCAACUUAUACUUGCAUCCCAUAAUGGAAAAUGAAAAACUUAUAAUACAUUGUACUUAUGUACAUUUACAAACUUAUGUACAUUUACUUAAUUAUACAGUGAUAUACGUAUAUUCAUAUAAUAAAGGGAGACUU